AUGCCGCCGGGGAAGCCGCUGACGGCGCUGCUCAAGUCGGCGACGAGGCCGGGGCACCUGCUCCAGCUCCACGCCCUGAUGCUCAAGUCCUCCCACUUCCCGCACAACGCCUUCCCCACCGCCAGGCUCCUCGCCUCCCCGCUCGCGCCGCUCCCCUACGCGCUCUCCCUCUUCACCGCCGUCCCGCGGCCCACGCUCUUCCACCACACCGCCCUGCUCCGCGCGCUCUCCACGUGCGCCUCCGCGGCAUCCCUCGCCGCGUCCCUCUCCAUCCUCGCCUUCGCGCGGGCGCGCCUCCCGGUGCUCGAUGAGUUCGCGUUCCAGCCGCUGCUCGCGCUCUGCGCGAAAGUCCCCGAUGACGCCGAGGCAGCAUCCAUUGGCAAACAGCUCCACGCGCUCGUGCUACGGUACGGGUUCCUGGACGUUGUGAGCCUGCGGAACGUGCUGUGCCAUUUUUACUGCAACUGUGGGGGCAUGGCGGAUGCGCGGAGAGUGUUCGAUGAAAUGAAAGAGAAGGACGCCAUUUCUUGGAACACGGUGAUCGGGGGCUAUGUCAGGGCAGAGGAUGUGGGCACAGCGGUGGAGAUGUUUACCGCGAUGAGAUGGUCUGGCAUGGAUGUCAGCCUUACUGCUGUGAUCAACUUGAUUGGGGGUGUCUGGCGAGGGGAGUCAGUGCAUGGCUUCUGCGUCAAGGCGGGCCUCUGCAGUGAUGUGAAGGUUGCGGCAGCAAUUGUGAGGAUGUAUGUGAGGGAGGGAAGUGUUGAUUGUGCAGGCAAGGUAUUUCAAGAGACAACCAGACGGGACUUGGUGCUGUAUAACUGUAUGGUGGAUGGCUAUGCAAAGGCUGGGCGAAUUCAUGAUGCAAUGGACUUGGUUGAAAGGAUGAGGCAGUCCGGAAUGAGACCAAGUUCAGGGACGCUUGUGGGUGUGCUCUCUGCGUGUGGAGCUUCAGGGGCAUUGCCAGCUGGUUGCCGCGUCCAUGAGCUUGCUCAGGAGGCACGGCUUGAGCUUGACACUGCGCUUGGGACUGCGCUUAUGGAUAUGUACUUCAAGUGCGGGUGCCCCAACGAGGCAGCUGCAGUCUUCGAUGAAAUGCGUGAUAGGGAUGUGAAGGCAUGGACAGCGAUGAUAAUGGGAUUCGGAGUCAAUGGACAGCCAGGUGCUGCUAUCUCCCUGUUCUGCAGGAUGGAGGAAGAUGGUGUGGCUCCUAACGAGGUCACCUUCCUCGCGCUGCUGAACACUUGUAGCCAUGGCGGGUUGGUGCAGGAAGGUAAAGAGUUCCUGGAACGCAUGGUGCGCCAUCACGGUUUGUCUCCCAGCCCUGAGCACUACGGAUGUGUCAUUGAUCUCCUGGGAAGGGCAGGGCGGCUAGACGAAGCUUAUGAGCUCAUACGAAGCAUGGCAUCCCGGGGUGAUGCUACGGGUUGGAGAACGUUGCUUGCAGCCUGUAGAGUCCAUGGCAACGUAAAGCUAGGGAGGAUGGUGCAGGCGCAGUUGGAUGCCAUGGGCCACUACCAUCCGUCGGAUGUCAUUCAGCUGUCGAACACGUACGCAUCAGAAGGCAGGUGGGACGAGAUAGCUCGGUUGAGGGAUUUAGAAGCUCAAAAAAUCUCAGUGGAGCAGAAGGAAGCAGGCUGCACCUCCAUUGUUGUGUCCUACUAG